AUGGCGAAAGUGGUGAUCCGUCUAGUGCUGGUGGCCGCGGUCUGCGCGUUGGUGGCACGGAUCGAGGCCAACCCGGCGGUGGACAGUGGCAGUAUCGUGAAUCACCUGGAGGCCGAGCACGGGACGCUCAGCAAGGCGGCCCUCGAGGACGGCUUCAUCCGCAGGCUCGGCGGGAAGUGCACGCAGAAGGACAACAGCUCAUGCGUGAUGCUGAAGCUGGUCACCUACAUGAACCGGAUGCUGAAGAAGUCCUCCAUCAGCCUGAGCGACAGUGUGGAGCUGAUGAAAACACGGAGCGACGAGCAGCUGGCGACGGACGCGGACUCGGCCGAGGAGCUUGCGGUGCUCGGGCGCUCGAACACCUCCGACGACCACAAGCUCAGCGUGAUGGUGGCCGACAAGAUCUGGCGCUUCAUCCACAGCCGCAGCGUCAAGUGGCGGGCGGCGCGGGCCGCCGACGUGGUGGUGGCGUCCGGCGAGGGUGGCAAGCUGAACUUUGGCGUCUCGCUGGACACGCGUAAGUUGUUCGAGGAGGGCCGCGGCCGCCUGAAGCAGUACGCUCCGAUCCUGGGCGCCGUCAUCAUGAAAGCCGUCCUUGUUGGGGCGCUGGUGCUGAAGGGCGUGGCGCUGCUGGUCGGCAAGGCGCUGCUCGUCUCGAAGCUAGCCCUGGUGCUGGCCAGCAUCAUCGGCAUCAAGAAGCUGCUGCACAAGAAGUACGUCACCUACGAGGUGGUUGCCCAUCCGCCGGAACCGCACCACCAUGUGGAUACGUACAGCUCGGGCUGGGCCCGGGCGCUCGACGGGUUCGUGGAGUCGUUCUCCAACGAGCUCAACCGGAGGCUCAUCUCCGACCCGCACGAGAUGGCCUACCAGCAACAGCAACCCCACUAG